AAUUAUGAUGUUAAUACAUGUUGAACUACGUAAAUAGCUUCUCACAUUCGCUCAUUACGUUUUUGAUAAAGCGAUCUUGUUAUCUGAAAUGUGUAAUAAGUUUUUGUUAUUCUUGCUUCUUGUUUUCGUAUACUCGAACGCACAAGACCCAGGUUGUGAUUUUAUACAAGAUGUAAAACCUAAUGAAAACUAUUAUAUAUACAGUCGAGAAUACCCAAAUAAUUAUCCACCAGGAAUACAAUGUAGGUGGAUUGGGAAAUGUCAAGACGGCUACAAAUGUGUGUUGAAUUGUCCCGAAAUAGACUUACCUGCGAGUUCAUCAUGUUCUAUGGACCGACUACUGGUCUCCAAGAGUGGAGAUCCCACAUUGACAGGCGCUGAUCACUACUGUGGACGUGGCUUCUUAACAGCUGAAUCAAUAAACCAAACAAUAAGUGUUGGAUUAAUAACAUCGCGUGAUAGUCCAGGUGGGAAAUUCCUGUGUGAACUUACUACUAAAGAAAUAUCAUCAGGUGAAACAGGGUCAUGCCGCUGUGGUUAUAAGAAACAGACUCGAAUCGUAGGUGGGGAAGAGACGGACAUCAACGAGUUUCCUAUGAUGGCCGCGCUAGUUGACAGAUACACGACAGAUAUUACUUGUGGUGCUGUUAUCAUUGAUAAGCGAUACCUCUUAACAGCGGCCCACUGUGUGGAGAAAUAUAGACCAACUGAUUUUGCAGUUGUCGUUGGAGAGCACAAUGUCGAUAUUGGUGACUCGCCUGCUACUAAAGGUUAUAUAGUAUUAGAUGUGCUUAUUCAUCCGCAGUACGAUCCGUCCAGCUAUGUUAACGACAUUGCAAUUGUGGCAGUGAAAGAAGACAUCAAAUUUGGUCCUCUGGUCGGUCCUGUCUGUUUGCCAUUCAAAUUCACCAACUACGAUCUGACUGGAGACACACUUACUGUUCUUGGAUGGGGAACAUUAUUCAUAGGUGGACCAACAUCUAGAGCGCUACGGAAAGCAGACUUGACAGUAAUAAGUGAGAGUCAGUGCCGCCAGAAAGUACCUUCAGUCAGUAAAGAUCAAAUCUGCACAUAUACUCCUGGGAAGGACUCUUGCCAGCUCGAUUCUGGAGGGCCUCUUCUAUACACAGACUCUUCGACCGGCCUACUCUUUGACAUUGGCGUAGUGAGUCAGGGCCGCUCCUGUGCAUCUAAAGGGGAGCCAGCCGUCAACACCAGAGUAACGAAUUAUUUGUCCUGGAUCGUUGACAGUACGCCUGGAGCACAAUAUUGUAGAAAAUAA